CGUGAGUGUGAGACACCCCUCUUACAUAUAAUGCGGUGAACUCAGUUUCAGAUCUGCAGUCAUAGGGUGUGGACGCUUUUGAAGACAACUAUAUUCAUUUUGGUUUGGGUUACAAUGUCUGCUGCAAAAAGAAAAAAAAUUCUGACUGUCAAUGAAGCCUUAGAUCUUUUAGAAGAGUUGGAUGAUGUCAAAGACUUGUACAUCGAGCCCCCAGAUGUAAGCAACCUGACUGAUGAAGAUUCUGGUCCCGAGGAUGAAGGCACCGUCUUUCACCCAGAAAGCCUAUCCGGAAACCAAUUAUUAGCCCCUGCUGAAUUCCGAGCUUCUCGUCGUGAAGAAGAUGAAGAAGAAGAGGAAGAUGAAGAAUCUCUUGUAGAACAGAAUGAAACAAGAAAGAAACCUACAAGGAAGAAGCGUAAAGUGUCAGAGACUUCUGCAAAGAUAAAGUGGGGGAAGAAUAAGGGAACAGCGGCUCAAGCAGGUUUUUUCCCUGAAGUAAAUUGCAGUAAGUAUAGAGACUUUAACUUUGUAGAACUUUUUGAGCUCUUCUUUGACGAAGAAAUCCUUGCACACAUGAAAGAACAAGUGACAAAAUACUGUUUGAUGAAAAAUUGGCCUGAUAUAUGUGUAUCCAUAAAUGAACUAAAGGUUUUUCUGGCCAUUUUGAUAGUUUCUGGCUACAACUCAUUGCCUAGCCAAUCUAUGUAUUGGUCAUAUGACCCUGAUCUACACAACAAAGCUAUAUGUGAUGCAAUGCGUCGGGACAGAUUUGAUUCCAUCAAGAAAUGCCUUCAUUUCAACGCCAGUACCGAUCAAGACAAAAAUGAUAAAUACACCAAACUACGCCCUCUGAUCACUCAUCUCCAAGAGAAAUUUAUGGAACACUUCAUCCCUUCACAGUGUAUAUCACAUGAUGAGGCAAUGGUGAAAUAUUUUGGGAAACAUGGGUGUAAACAGUCCAUUCGCAACAAACCUAUUCGUUUUGGCUAUAAAAUAUGGUGCCAAAACACUACCUCUGGCUACCUGCAUGCCUUUGAUCCAUACCAAGGCAAGACUUACAAAGGGGAUGAAAACAUGGAAAGUGACCUUGGAAAAGCUGCCUCUACUGUUAUGCAUCUCAUUGGGGGGUACAGUGAUAGUGCAAAAGUUCUGCCAUACCAUUUCUUUUUUGACAACUUUUUCACUACUGUUCCACUGUUAGUAGAGUUAGCCAAGAGAGGCUAUGAUGGAACAGGAACCAUUAAAAGUAAUAGGUUAGAUAAAACCUGCCCUCUACCCAGUGUUGCUCAAAUAGAUAAGAAAGAAAGGGGAGCUGUUUCAUCGGUGUCAGGAAAAGUACAUUCAAAGGAAAUAAAAGUAACAAGAUGGAAAGAUAAUGCAGUCGUAACUGUAUGUUCUACACUCCAUGGUGAAAAUCCUACAGGAAAAGCGAAAAGGUGGUCAAAGAAAGACAAUAAGCAUGUACAAAUAGAUAUUCCUAAAGCUGUUCAGGUUUACAACAGCAACAUGGGUGGGACGGAUAGGAUGGAUCAGAAUAUCAAUGCGUAUCGCAUUGGUAUUCGAGGAAAAAAGUGGUGGUGGUGUCUUUUCACAUGGAUGGUAGAUGCUGCUAUUCACAAUGCUUGGCAAAUAGCUCGAAGCAGAGGAACAAACAUUGACCAGUUGAUGUUUAGGCGAGAGGUAGCCAUGGCCUACUUAUUCAUGUAUAAAGUAGAGCCAAAGGCCCAGGGAGAAGGAAGCUUUUUGUACCUGGUGUUGAAGAAAUGA